AUGUCAAAAAAGACAAAAACAACUAUUUCCUUGGAUGUUAAGUUGAAUUUAACACCACCAAAGCGAAAAAAAAAGCUCCUAAAGCGCAAAUGUAUCCUUAAAUGUAAACUUGAAAAGGAUGAACCCAGCAUCAGGUUUAGUAAAAAGUCGCGAGAAGUUGUUUAUCGAGCUGCACAGCUUCGGAAUGAUGACACUGUUAUUGCCAUCCUUGAUUCUUUUGGGGAAGAGCUACCUUCAGUUGAUUAUGGAUAUCACAGGAAGUGUUAUCAGAAAUACACCAAUAAGAGGCUUUUAGAAAAGUUGAAUGAGGAAGUCAUCGAGCCUGAGGAAACAGUUCAAACCGUUGAGCUUGAAGCAUCGACAUCGGCCGAGAGUAUCCUGCAGACUCCACGUACUUCGUCCAGAAAGAGAGGUCGUCAAGGUAUAAUUAUUGCGUUUUAUUCUAUAAAAUAUAGUGCUUUAUAGAGAUUUUGAGCACUGAUAAAAGUGAUAAUCUCACAUGUGGGAUUAUUCAUGAUAAUUUCACAUAUGAAAAUUAUCGCUUUUCAAUUAUCGCUUUUCUGGAAAGAUUAUCGCUUUUCAAAGACUGUCCUUUAACCCAUUAAGCGCCAGCGCUCUCCCCUUGACGUCUGGCGUUAGACAGAGUAAAAUGCUAAAGUAGGGUGCAUCAGGGUGCAAUGCGACUCAAUGGGUUGAUAUAAUAAACAGAAAAAUACAUGGGUGCUUGGAAAUACCAGAUUUAUUUCUCGUGUUGAACAUGAUAUAUCACUCGUUCGCUGCGCUCACUCGUGGGAUAUCAUGUUCAACACUCGAAAUAAAUCAGGUAUUUCCGCGCACUCAUGUAUUAUUCUCUAUAAAUAUCGUGUAUAUAUAGAGAAUAUUACAUGGUUGCGAGGAAUUAUGAAAUUUAUUUCGAGUAUUGAACAGGCCCGUAGCUGAGGGGGGCCUGGGGGGGCAAUGCCCCCUCACUCGGUGGGGCAGUGCCCCUCAGUGCCCCCCCCCCACUCCGAAAUUUGGUAUUAAAAAUUGAGAUAAAGGACGUGGAAACCAAUGGUAAUCAUGGGACAAAUUCUGUAAAUUUUGUGGUUAAUUUUGCGAUUUUUCGAAAAAUUUUGUUAGUUUUCUGAAAAAUUUUGUAUGUCCGGAAAAAAUUGGUAUGUCCGGAAAAUUUUUUUGACCCUUAAAGCGGUACACCGACCGAAAUUUUGGGGGGUGGGGGGGUGGGGGGGGAGGUCGCCAAAAUAAAUUAGGGAAAAAAAUUUUUCUCAUAUCAAACCCUCCGUUACAUUCUUUCUGCAGUGCCCCCCCAGAAAUUGAGAGCCAGCUACGGGCUUGGUAUUGAACAGGGCGUCUCGCAAGUGAGCGCGACAAAUUGUUGUGUGAAAAUGUACCUUAACAGUGAUAUCGUCGUCAUAUAGGUAAAAUUUUGGCUGAUCACGAGUGCUGCAUCUGUGGAACGAAAAAGACUGCGCGAACUGGAAGUGGAUAUGAGCCGCUGAGAAAAUGCGUAACGGAAAAUGGCGCAGAAACAUUAAUGCAACAAGCAGAAAAAGAUGACGAGUAUCCUUCUUUACGUGCAGAAGUUGCUGGUGUCGAUUGGCAGACCAUAAUAGCAAGAGAAUACUACUAUCACAAAUCUUGUUACAAGAAACUUGCCAAGAAACGAGUACCAAACGCAGACGCAGAUAACGCGGACGCCGAUAACGCGGACGAAGAUCUAGUUUUUCAUGAAGUUACAAGGCACAUCGCAGAAAAAGUUAUUGAUGGCUGUGAAGUCGUACGGGUGAGUGAUAUUUCAAAGAUAUUUUCGGAGAUAGCAGAUCGAUUUUCUGGCGACAAGGAUAGCGUUGUUUUGAUGACGGCUCAGAAAUUAAAGGAGAAAAUUCAAAAUUAUUUUGGAGAGAGGGUAGGAUUCUGGCGUCCAUCGUACGGUAGCGAAUUGAUGUUUAAUAACAAUAUCGAGAAGGGAAAGUUGGUCGAAAUGACUGU